CCGCCGCCCCGAGGCCUAGAGACCGCCGAGCCCCCCCAGCCCACGCCGCGGCCGACAUGAGCUUCUUGUUUGGUAGCCGGUCCUCUAAAACGUUUAAACCAAAGAAGAACAUCCCAGAGGGUUCUCACCAGUAUGAACUCCUAAAGCAUGCAGAAGCCACACUUGGUAGUGGCAAUCUCCGGAUGGCUGUCAUGCUUCCUGAGGGGGAAGAUCUAAAUGAAUGGGUUGCAGUGAACACUGUGGAUUUCUUCAAUCAGAUUAAUAUGCUUUAUGGAACAAUCACAGAUUUCUGUACAGAGGAAAGUUGUCCAGUGAUGUCAGCUGGCCCAAAAUAUGAGUAUCAUUGGGCAGAUGGAACAAACAUAAAGAAGCCUAUUAAGUGCUCUGCACCGAAGUAUAUUGAUUACCUGAUGACUUGGGUUCAGGACCAGUUGGAUGAUGAGACAUUAUUUCCAUCAAAAAUUGGUGUCCCAUUCCCGAAGAAUUUCAUGUCUGUGGCAAAAACUAUACUCAAACGCCUCUUUAGGGUUUAUGCUCACAUUUAUCACCAGCAUUUCGACCCUGUGAUCCAACUUCAGGAGGAAGCGCAUCUCAAUACAUCUUUCAAGCACUUUAUUUUUUUUGUCCAGGAAUUCAACCUUAUUGAUAGAAGAGAACUUGCACCACUCCAAGAACUGAUUGAAAAACUCACCUCAAAGGACAGAUAAAAGGAUGAAGAGCUGUGCAAGUUGUUCCUCAAAUGAAGUGUGUGGAGUGUAUAUGGAUUUUGUUGUGUUUUAUUUUUAUUUCGGUCGUUUUUGUCUUAGGUUUGGGGGGGCUUGUUUGGGUUAGUUUUUCUUUAUUCUGAAUAAAUGAAACUAUAUUCUAUUGCUAGA